GUGACUGCCUCAGUUGUAAAUUGAACAGCAAAGUGUCCGUGGCUUCGUUCGUUUCGUGUGCCAAUUAUUUUUUUCUGUUCUACUUUACCUGUGCAUAUCUAAAUACUUUUGGAUUAUCGCGUGGAGAACUGUAACAAAAUACAGAAGCAUGCUGGUUGCUUGGAGUUUAUUAAAUACAUGGAAUUAAAUAUACUUACAACUAAAUCCCAGAAACGUGGAAAUAUCUUUGAAGGAAUGUAAAUAGAUGCAGCUGCAUAUUGUUUGGAAUUAACUCAAGUCAGAAUGGAUCUAUUGAUUUAUUUGUUAGCCGUUCUUGCAGCUUUUGAAGCAGCCGAUGCUCUGGAAGGGCCAAAUAUUUGUACAAGACAAGAAACUUACAAGAUAACGGUGAGGGUAUCGGAAGAGCAGCCUUAUACUGUCCGAGAGUACACUUGGUGUCUCAGUUUUCCACCACGAUGUUCCAAAUACAAAGUAGUAUUCAAGACCGUCUACAAGGAACAGGAAUUAACGAAGCAAAGACCCAUGGAAGAAUGUUGCAAGGGUUACACAGAAACCACCGACGGCGAUCGUUGCAUUCCUGUCUGCUCCGAGGACUGCGUUCAUGGCAUUUGUAUUGCACCUGAUGUCUGCAAGUGUGAAUCAGGAUACGGAGGGCCAUUAUGCGAUUACAAGUGUCCAUCAGGAAAAUGGGGCAAGUCUUGCGAGAAGGACUGCAUGUGCCAAAAUGGGGCCAGCUGUGAUCCAUUCGACGGCAAGUGUGAGUGUACCAGAGGCUGGACCGGUGAUUAUUGCGAUCAGAAAUGUUCUCCUGAUCGAUAUGGACAAAACUGUGGCGAAGAGUGUCGUUGUAGAAACGGUGGAAGUUGUCACCACAUUUCUGGAGAAUGCCAUUGCGCUGCUGGUUAUACAGGACCUCUUUGCGAUGACUUCUGUCCACCUGGUAAACACGGCGAUGAAUGUAAAUCGGAGUGCAAGUGCCAGAACGGUGGAUCCUGUAAUCCUACAACAGGCGAAUGCUAUUGUGCACCUGGAUGGACGGGUUUAGUUUGCGCCAGUCGCUGUCCAGAAGGUUUCUGGGGGAAAAAUUGUUCCCAGACUUGUGAUUGUUACAAUAAAGCUGGAUGUCAUCAUCUUACUGGUAAAUGUGAAUGUAAACCAGGCUAUUAUGAUGAAAAAUGUUUGCAACUGUGUCCCGAAGGAAAGUUUGGUUUAAACUGCACAAGUAAUUGUACUUGUGAAAAUGGAGCAGCUUGUUCUCCCAUUGAUGGUACUUGUACCUGUAAUCCUGGUUGGACCGGUGAAAAGUGCAAUAAACGUGCUUGUCCAGAUGGAUUCUGGGGAGCUAAUUGUACAAACGUUUGCCAGUGCGACGAUGAGAAUACAAAUCUCUGUCAUCCCUGGACUGGAAAAUGCAUUUGCAAGGCUGGAUGGGAUGGCGAUACCUGCAGCAGACCUUGCCCUUUUUAUACAUAUGGAAAGGGUUGUCAGAAUCGUUGUAACUGCAAGAACAACGCACAAUGCUUGCCUGUUAACGGGACCUGUAUCUGCGCUGCUGGAUACAGAGGUGAGGAUUGUAGCGAAGUAUGUCCUGACAACACUUACGGCGAGAAUUGUGCACAAAAAUGUGUCUGCAAGAAUGGUGCCACUUGUUCACCGGAGAACGGCCGAUGCAACUGUACAGCAGGAUGGGUUGGUGUUUCUUGCGAUCGUCCCUGUGACGACAAAUCGUUUGGGAAAAACUGCGAGGGCAAGUGCAAGUGUUUUAAUAAUGCCGCCUGCAAUCCUCAAAACGGCACAUGCACGUGUGCAGCUGGCUUCACCGGCGAAUUUUGUCAAGAUCAUUGCAAAGAGGGAUAUUUUGGAUUGGGAUGUACCCAGAUCUGCGAUUGUCACGAAGAGAAUAGUUUGGGCUGUGAUCCUGCCACGGGUCGUUGCACCUGUAAGCCCGAAUGGCGAGGAAUCCGUUGUGAAACCAAGUGUCCUGAAGGUCUUUACGGCAGUGAUUGUCAUUCGCACUGUGACUGCAUGAACAAUAGCUCGUGCGAUCCUGAAACUGGCACCUGUAUUUGUGCUAGGGGUUGGGAAGGAUCCGAUUGUUCACAGCCAUGUAAUGAAGGCUGGUACGGUGUAGGCUGUAAAGAGAAGUGUCCAGAGAAAAUGCAGGAUAAUAUGACUUGCGAUCACGUCACCGGAGAAUACGUUUGUCGUCCUGGAUACUUGGGUCUAACUUGUGAGCAUCCUUGUCCUCCCAAUCGCUAUGGAUUAAACUGUGCUAAUCAUUGUCGCUGUAAAAAUGGUGGAGAAUGUCAUCAUGUAACAGGUGUGUGUCAGUGUCGACCUGGUUGGAAAGGAGAGCACUGUCAAACACCCUGUCCAGAAGGAACAUACGGUAUAAAUUGUAGUCAACAUUGUACAUGUCAAAAUGGAGGAAAAUGUAGAUCUAACGAUGGUCACUGUCGUUGUACGCCUGGUUGGAUAGGUACCAAAUGCACUGAAAUCUGUCCAGAAGGAUAUUAUGGUGAUCACUGUAUGGAACCUUGCAAUUGUAAAAGUGAUUUCUACACUUGUCAUCCUGCCGACGGUUGCAUUUGUAGACAUGGAUACGGAGGACCAAAUUGUGACGAAGAACUAUUUUCACGGAACAUUCAAGAGAAAGAUGAUGGUGGAUACGGCAGUAUAGUAGCAGGAUUCUUAUUCGCUGCAAUUGUUGUCAUUGCUAUGAGUUUAGCAGGUUGGAUAUAUCACAGGCGCAGAGUGGCUGAUCUUAAAAACGAAAUUGCCCAAGUACAUUAUGUCGCUGAUCCCCCUUCUCCCCCAGAACAAACUCAGUUUGACAAUCCGGUUUAUGCCUAUCAAGGCUCUUCUAAAUUUGAUGAUGGAACAACUACUUUAUUAAAUAAUUUCCAAUUUAGAAAUAAUCUAGGGACAAGCAAGAAAAUAAAUAAUGAAAAAGCUAAACUGGGACUGAAUAGCUGUACUGAUGAUGACGAUGAUUGUAAAGGAGCAUAUAAUAGAUACGAUCUGAAGAAUCGAGAUGCUGAUAUGGGAAAUCCAAAUCUUAACGUAUACCAUAGUAUUGAUGAAAUGGAUGGAAAAAAGGUUGAGCACGUUUACGAUGAAAUUAAACAAAAUAAUGAUGAAUCAGAGUACGAUCAGUUGGAUAAUCCAAGACCGGUUAGCGGUUAUAAACAAUUUACUCGUGUGCCGAAUGGUUUUUGCUCAAAAUCAUCCGACAGCGCAGGACCUAGUAGAUCAAAGGAUAAAGAUCCAGAGCUUGGUGAAACUUAAAUUCUUCUCAUUCUUUAUGAAUUCAGGUUCUUAAUUUAAACAAAAAAAAAGUGAUUCAGGAAACAGAUUAUAAGAAUCAUACCUUUUCUUGAUCAUUAGUGAUUGAUUCUUCUUGCCUCUCAUAGCAAGAUAAGUUUCCUGGUUAAUUAAGUAAGUUCUGAAUCAUUUUGAAAAUAAUAUUUUCAUUUAGAAAAAUGCAAACUUACUCUGAUUGCUCAGUAUAUGCAUGUAUGUACAUAGUUAAACAGUAAUGAAAGAAAUAGUCAAAUCAAGAUUUUAUUUAUAAGAGUAAUAUACUCACAGAGUAGACAUUUAUCUAUAGCACGUUGAACUAUCCCUUUUUGCAAUAUAUUUACUGAAAUUAAUACUGUAGGAUGUUUGAAGCAAUAUUUCUUUCUCCACAAUUGACAUAAAAUAAGUGGCUGUAUUUUAAAAUUGAUGCAAGGAAAAUUCAAAACUGUUGUUCGUUACAUGUGGUUGAAAAGAAAAUUAAUAUUAAUUACCCGUGUAAACACGGUGACCAAAUUGUGCAAAGAAAGUUGUGAUAUUCAAAAAAGAUUUGUAUAAAAUCUAUUAUUUAAGGAUUUAAAAGAAGAAAUGGAAAGAUAGUCGAUGAUUGUGACAUAAGAGAGUGCCUUGUAAGCUUGGAAGUGACAUAAACAAAUUUUUUUUUGUCUAUUACAUACAAAGUUAAAAAAAGAAAGUUGAGGUGAUGAUCGAGUGAAAAAUACUCAUCAAUAUCAAUAAGUGAGGUUUAUAAGUGGAUUGGCAAACAAGGUACAAAAUUGUUGGUAAGUGUAAGUAAUAGGAGACCGAUUUUACGAUCUCAAUAUAUGUAUAACAUUCGAAUUUCACACCCCUUUUUGUUUCAUUUUUGAGGUAUCAUUAUUCGAUAUUUAUACAUACAUAAUAUAUAUAUUCACCACAUAUGCAAAAAAUAAAAUUGUUGAUAUUUUAAGAACAAUUUAUUGCAUACACGUGCAAAAAUAUAUUUACAAGAAAUUUAGAGAGAAGAAUAUUAUAAUUAGUAUAGAUUCAUAUCACCAUGCAUUACAAAA